AAUCUAUGAAGUCGGCUUGCACUUUGAUGGGACUGAGUGUCUGUCGUUUUGGGGGAGUUUCUAAAUCGUUAGUCUGGAUUCACACCCUAGUGAUUGCACCGGGCCUUCACACUCGAGACUCUGCCAAAUCCGGACGGCAAGUUGUCUCGUCUCUUGAGUGGCAGCAACAGAAAAGAGAAAAUGAGUCCGACCGAUGCUAAGCGGGGGGCUAAGCGCAGGAAGAACAAGCGGGGCGGUGGCAGCAGCUGCAGCGCUGCCUGCAGCAGCAGCGGCGCCAAGGCCGGGCUCGCCCCGGCGCUGGGCUGCCCGGGGACCCCCGCACCUGCGUCCGUCGUCAACUUCUUAACAUCUGGCAGUGCGGGCAGCGGGAACGUAGGCAUGAACGGAGAGGUGAAAGUGAACAACAGUGUUACUCCGCAGUUUACGGAAGGGCCAGUGAAUGCUGACUUCUCUGGUGUUCUUCAGACUCCGUUUACGUUUGGCCUGAACCAGCGGGCGCCCUACACAGCCGGGGAUAGCUGCCUCUUGUGCAGAUGUGAGCGUAAAGACAGCGUUGUGCCUUCAGAGGCAGACAUCUCUGGCCAGAACGGUACAGCACAGCUCGCCAACACACCCAGUGCCCUCCAGCUGCCUCUGUGGGUAUGCUCCGACUGCAGGCGGACUGUAGAGAAGGAGGACAGGCGUACUACUCUGGAACAGUCGUUAGGGAGUCAGGACUUUCUUUUGCACAUGCCUGUGGGUAAUGGAAACUUGGGACAGGAGGCAGCCACAGCAGACAGACUGACCACUGCUGCACCUACACUACCCAUGCUCCCUGCCCCAGACCUCAACGCGCCAAUGCCUUCUGAUACAGUUUGCAGCUGUGAAGCCUGCAAUGAGAGACGGGAGAUCUCUGCUGAGUCAGAGAGGGAGACGCAGCAGCUGCAGAACCACUGGUCGGAGGUUCGCUAUUUGGUGCGUUGCAUCUACCGUCAGACAGGAACACCACUUGCAGAUGACCAUGACCAGCCUCUAGAGAGGGACAAAGAGGGCAUGAAAGAGCUAGUUGACAGACUCUGCAUAAAAGAUCCCUAUCAGCUCUACCAACGGCUAGAGCAGCAGGCUCGAGAAUACGUCUUGGAAGUGAAGGUGCGGCUACUAAAGCAUCUUUCUGCCUGCGCCAAGUGUACACUUCCAUCCGGGACUGUUGCUGUAGCCCAGGGUCCUCCUCAGGCCCACCAGUUCAUUUCCCUGCUGCUAGAGGAGUACAAUGCUCUCUGUCAAGCUGCACGCACCAUCAGCAGCUUCCUUCUCACCCUGGAGAAUGAGCACCUCCAGAAAUUUCAGGUGACGUGGGAGCUGCACAACAAGCACCUUUUUGAGAAUCUUGUUUUCUCUGAACCAAUUUUACACAGCAGUUUACCGGCGCUUAUUGCACAGCUGAAACAUGGUACAGCCUCUCAUGACUCAUACAAUGAAGAUAUGUACCGGACGUUGCUGGAGAGCUACCACCAGCUGCAACAGGAGAUGGCUUCUGUGGCUGGUGAUUGGCAGGAGUGUGAGAAGAGGAUUGAUGACUACGUAGAUCAACAGUUGCUGUUUAAGGUGGAGGGUCAGAAUCUCAACAACCAAAGAACAGAGCCACACAAGUCCUUAAUCAGCAAAAAUACUUUAAAGACAAAGCAGCGAAUGCUGAAGGAGGACUGGGAGUUCUUUAAGCAGAGAAGGUUUAUAGAGGAACAAUUACCCAACAGUAAGAAGUCCACUACUGAAGAUAACAACUUCACAGACACUAUGAGAAUGCUCUCAUCUCGACUUAAUAUCCCAGACUGUCCAAACUGUAAUUAUAGAAGAAGGUGUACUUGCGACGACUGCAGUCUCUCCCACAUCCUCACAUGUGGAAUCAUGGACUCGCCCAUCGCUGAGGACCUGCACAUUAAACUGCCCUUAAAAGGGGAGCCACCAAGGGACUACAUGGCAGAGGUGCACCCUCCCAGCCUCUCUUCCGGCAGUUCGGCAUCGGGCUCUAAUUCCAGCUCUCCCAUCACCAUUCAGCAGCAUCCGAGGCUCAUUCUACCUGAAGGCGAUGCCAGCACUUUUAUUAGUGAUGAUGAUGAAGUGCCUCCACUGUCCAGUAAGUUCGGAGACAUCUACCCUAUGAGUAACUACGAGGACAGUGGUGUCGUAACAGCUACUGUGAACGGUCUUCAUAAUAACAUCACCCCGGAUGAUGAAAACAUGGCAUUGAAGGCAGGGUCCCCUCAUAUUACCAGCAGCAGCAGUUCCUCAGAGGGUGACGAAGAGGAAACUAAUGGUGAGGCUGGCGGGGAGCCCCCACAGCAGCAGGAAGAGCUUUCCUCGGGGAAGACAAAUAGUCCUCCUCCCUCUUACAACCACCAACAGGUAGAACAGGUCGCGCAUGCCUGCGAGUGCCACGUGUGCAACCAGGACCCCAGCUCUUCCACCCUGGGCCCUGCCACCUGUCUGCCCCCCAGUCGUCUCCAUGCUGUGCCUCCUCCAGCUGUUGGACACCAGUUCUUUACAGACAGCAAGACUGCCCCUGCACACCCUGCCCUCCACUUGUACCCACACAUCCACGGCCACCUGCCCUUACACAACUUCUCCCGGCCCCUACUUCACCCUACACUCUACCCGCCCAGCCCUCCUCUCACACACAACAAGCCUCUGCCUCCAAACCCUACAUCCAACCACACAGCAGCCAAGCAGCCAGCCUUCAGCACAUCAUUACCAGAGCAUGUGUACCCCAACUGCUUUGCUGGUACAGGUGGGCCAGGUGACUGGAAUAGCUCGCUUCAGUGCCUCUCGCUUAAAUUUGAGAAUCUGUGGGAUGCUGCAGUAAUGAAGAGCUGGAAUCCAUCAGUGCUGUUGCCUGAAUGCCUGCCAGGUGACAUGCUUGGACCACCCAUCGCCGACGUGCCCCUCCCCCCGACAUCUUCUCUUGGCCCACCAGGGGAGCAUCCCUCACUACCUACCCCUUUACCUCCUUCCUCCUCGUCAUUGUCCUCAUCUUUAUCAUCAUCCUCAUCAUCGUCAUCAUCGUCGUGCUCCUCUACAGAAGCCAAAGAGCCGAAGAAGACUGGCGUCAAGAAGAAGUGUCUCUAUAAUUUCCAGGAUGCCUUCGUGGAGACCAACCGGGUAGUGAUGGCCACUUCUGCAGCCACAUCAUCUGUGUCCUGCACUGCCACCACUGUCCAGUCAAGUAAUAACCCACCCAUCCACCUAGCAUCUAAGAGACCCAACUCUAUAGAUGAUGUUUUUCACAGUUUAGGUAAAGAGGACCACAGACAGUCCAGUUCAGCCACUCCCAGAAACGGCUCCACAGGACUGGCGUCUCUCCCUUCCCUAUCUGGCCCAGCCCUCCCCCCAGCACCCACCACGCACCUUCCCACCUUGGGCUCCCAACCCUUUCCAAAGAUGCCUGCUCCGGCCGCAGACUUUGUGGAUUCCCACCAGGGUCUGUGCCUCCCGCCCGCAGAACCUCCAGCACCGUCAAUGAAUGGUCCUGUCAGUGCCCCCCCUAGCGUCUGUAGUGACCCGGACUGUGAAGGCCAUCGCUGUGAAGCAAAUGGAUCAUAUGAGCACCAGCCAUAUGAUGGAGAGGAGAGUCAGGACGAGGACAGCUGUUCAGAGCACAGCUCCUCCACCUCCACUUCGACCAACCAGAAAGAAGGAAAGUACUGUGACUGCUGCUACUGCGAAUUCUUCGGUCAUGGAGGGCCACCAGCUGCACCCACCAGUCGAAAUUAUGCAGAGAUGCGGGAGAAGCUGCGCUUGCGUCUGACAAAGCGCAAGGAAGAACAGCCGAAGCGCGAGGAGCAGCAGCCAACGAUAGAAAGAGAUGGCGGUGUUGAGGACCACAGACGGGUGGAGGACCUGUUGCAGUUCAUAAAUAGUGCGGACAAUAAACCUGUUUCCAGUUCUAAAGCAGCGAAACGAGCCAGGCAUAAACAAAAGAAGAUGGAGGAGAAGGCGCGCUUGGAGGCAGAAGCCCGUGAGAGGGUGGAACAACAGUUGUUAGAAGAGCAACAGCGGCGGCAACAGGAAGAGGAAGAGGCAGCACUUCAGAAAGAACUUCUACGACUGCAGGAGCUGCAGCAACAUCGCGCUUCCAAGAAGAAAAAGAAAGAGAAAGCAAAAGAAAACACAGCUCCCCCUCAAAACAACCCACAACCCCUCAAACAGACAGCUCAGAACGUGCUAGAUAAUCUUCAGAAUGGAAAGUCGCACCUGCUUCAAACCCUCAUCCGCCUCCCUGACCAAAAGGAACCCAGAUUCGAGCCCCUAUCCCAGCCCAACGUGCAGCACAGCCCAAAACGCCCCAUUGAAAAGGGGCUUUCUAAUGAGACCAACAUCCCCAAAACCCCAGUUACUCUCCUCAAUGGCAUCCCAGCCCUUGAAGUCAGCAGUAGGGUUAAGGCCAAGCAACCCGCAAAGGUGGCGACUUGUGAAGCUGCUGUAAGAAAAGCUCUAGAGUCACCCAGAAGCUCUGAUGAGACAGCCAAGUUGGCCAAUGGCACAACCCCUACUGCUGCAACAGACACCAAAGCAAAGCGAAUCAGGCCUGCUGAGCCGCUAGUUUCUCUCCCACACACUGAACCACACAAGGAGGAGAGAAGUAACAACAGAAGUGCCAGUGGGAAAAGGCAACCGCAACCCCUUUCCCAAAUAAAGGAAGACAGGACAAAUGCCCCCGUCUCCUCCCCCUCUCCCCCUCCAGCCUCCCAGCCCGAGCAAACCCAGCAGAAUGGCAAGCACCCCACCGCAGAGUCUCCACAGCCCAAAGGCAAGACCAAGAAGACCAAGAAGAAGAAGGGGGACAAAAUGAACACGUCAAUAGAUGAUGUAUUCUUGCCCAAAGACAUCGACCUGGAUAGCACUGAAAUGGAUGAGACGGAGAGGGAGGUGGAAUACUUCAAAAGAUUCUGUUUGGACUCGGCCCGGCAGACCCGCCAACGGCUUUCCAUCAACUGGUCAAACUUUAGUUUGAAGAAGGCCACAUUUGCUGCACAUUAAGGGUGUUGGCAUCUGAUAAGACACACAUCAGUACCUUUAACUGUUAUACAAACCCACACCCGACCCUCCAGCCCUGUUCCUGUGCCUCCACCCACUUGUUGUCCAGAACUUCUCUCCCACUGUUCCAAAUCAGACCCACGCUGGCUUGCUUUGUUCUCGUCCCUGCGUGGUUACGAAACAGAUCCAUCUCGGACUGAUCCACCUGCAGAAAUUAGACGAAAUGACACGCGCACACACACACAAAAAAGACAAAAAAAUCACAAAAUGCUACUUUACAUCUGAUUAAUUUUCUUGCGUGCUUGUGUGCUUUUAGUCUGAGUUGACUGAAAAAGCCAUGGUCUGAAAUUCUUUUCUUGCAUUGGCUUACCUGUAGUCAGAAGAUGCUUAUUGUGUCUGGAUGGUUUCCUUCUUAAAAAAAGAAAAAAAAAGAAAAAAAAAAGAGACAACGGAAACUACAAAAAAAGAGAAAUAUAAUGAAUUAAAGCUGUAUUUGAGAUAUUGUGGUUUACUAUCCCAUUGUUCCUAGCACGGCAUUUCAUCCACAUGAUUGACAAGGGAAUGGGCUUGGUUUAGCUGGUUUCCACUUCCCCCCACCCCCUGCCCCUCCACCCCCACCACCUCCACCACUUCCUCCUCCACACGAUUUCAUUGAAUGGAGGAAGCUGUAAUACUUGACUUUUUUUUUUUUUUUUUUUUAAAGUUCUGUUUAACAAACUGUUGAGUAAAAGUAUCAGUUAGUUGGGUUUUUUUUUGUUUUCUUUAUUUUUGACUUGUAGCCAGCUUGUAUCGGAGUACUUUCAGAAUGAAAUUGAAAAAAAAACAAACAAUACUCACACUAUCAGUCUGUCAUAGUGUAAAAUGUAUUAACACUGAAGCCGAACUGGCUGCUUUUAACAUAUUGUUAAGUAAUAUUAAAUCUUGUCUUUCUUUUUUGAAAGAUGGAAUACAGUAGUAUGGCAGGAUUAUGUGUGUUGUGUCAAAUCUUAUUUUCUACAUGGAGUAAAAAAAAGAAAAUUGUCAAAGGUCAUAAAUGGUUUAUACUUUUAUAUACAUUUAAAGAAACAGUUCAGU